UCAUUUAUGGGCAGCAAGUGCAGGCAACAACCAGUCCGUCCCUGCUGUGAAUGUGGGGACCUCUCUGGAUUCACAAUUAAAGGCUGCAGAAUGCAUUCCACUACAGGUGACGAAACCCAGCUCCCAGAAUAACAAGCAAGACAACUUUUAAAGUGACUCUUAUUGACCAGUGUCUUCUGUGCGUUUGGUAAGCGUACGGUGGAGUUUUUCCUUUUUAAAGGAUGGUGUAAAUUCUUGGGAAUUAUUCUUGGGGAAGGGUGAUCCUUCCUGAAGGUGAAUCGGUUACCAUAGGAUCCGUAUAAGCAGAGUGGCUGUGUAUGUUCCUCCACGUGACAACCAAGACACUGUGAAGCUGUCCUUCUGACUGAGGACAGGGGGAAAAUGCUGAAACUAGUGGCCACAGAUGUCUUCAAUUCCAAAAACCUGGCCGUGCAGGCACAAAAGAAGAUCUUGGGGAAAAUGGUGUCCAAAUCCAUCGCCACUACCCUCAUCGACGACACAAGCAGCGAAGUGCUGGAUGAACUCUACCGAGUGACCAAGGAGUACACCCAGAACAAGAAGGAGGCAGAGAAGAUCAUCAAGAACCUCAUCAAGACAGUCAUCAAGCUGGCCAUUCUCUACAGGAAUAACCAGUUCAACCAAGAUGAGCUGGCGCUGAUGGAGAAAUUUAAGAAGAAAGUUCACCAGCUUGCCAUGACCGUGGUCAGCUUCCACCAGGUGGAGUACACCUUUGACCGGAACGUGUUAUCCCGGCUGCUGAAUGAGUGCAGAGAGAUGCUCCACCAAAUCAUCCAGCGCCACCUCACUGCCAAGUCACAUGGACGAGUUAAUAACGUCUUUGAUCAUUUUUCAGAUUGUGAUUUUUUAGCGGCCUUAUAUAACCCCUUCGGAAAUUUUAAACCCCAUUUACAAAAACUCUGUGAUGGUGUCAACAAAAUGUUGGAUGAGGAGAACAUAUGAUCCUGUGAAUUCAGACUAUGAGCGCUCGGGAUUUCUUUGAAAACAGAGCACUGCUGAUUUAUGAAGGAAAAAAAUGAAUUUUUUUCAAGAUUACCCACGUUUCAGAAAGACUUCUGCCCAGUUCAGUUGUUAGGCAUUGUCUGUAACGUUUUAUGCAGCUUGUUUUGUUUGAAGAAAAGCAUAUUGCCAAAAAUUCUGAUCAAACGCUCCCUCCCUUACAGUUAGCAGAUCGCGGGAAAGGUAUAUGGUUGUGAUGCAAAUUUGGAGUUAGACAAAGAAAGAUAUGGAUGACACCAAACCUCAAGAUAUGUUUUUUAGGUCAUUUGAUGUGUCAGUACAUUGGGUAUUUCUCUCGUGUGCAGAGUUUUGUACUUUGAUUCACUCUUGCUCCUUACUAUGUAUGUGUGCCUGUGUUAAAAAAAGCUGAGAAUUUUCUUUUGCUAUCGUUGCUCCUUUUGAGACAAUUUCAAGUCUACCUUUUUGUUAAAUGUUCUUUUGCUAAAGAUCUUAUCAUAGACAUUUAAGAAUUAAGUCUUCAUUGAGAAUUAAGACAUUUAAGAAUUGAGGCAAAGUGAACCGUCAAAAAACGGGAAACUGCUUCUCUGAAAUCAGUAUUGUAGGAACCAACUGUAUCUGACAUUGUAAAUAAUGUCUAAGAUAUGAAUAUGCUUCUGGAGUGGAGUCCUGUUUUUUAGUACCAACAGUGAUACUUCCAAAACGUGAUCAUUCUUGAAAAUAUGCUGGUGGGGAGAUCUCCAUUUUUAGUAUCCGUUUGGGAUGUAAGAGACACAAAGAAAAAUCUAGGUGAUUCUUAUAAAAGCCAGUGAUGUUAAGAAAAGUACAACUGUCUUUAUUUUAGAGAUGAGCUCAUCAAAAUAAUUUGGGGGGGGGGGGGUAUGGGCCAAAAGGGAAAAAAAGCAUAUUGCUGUGGAACAUGAGAAUGAAAAUAAAUGCAUUUCAAUGUUUAAUAAGGUUUGAUAGGUGAAUAAAGAAUGUCACUUUUUUUUAUUUAACUGAUAAGGUUUUUGCUAUUUUGUUAUUUACAAUUUUGAUGAGUAAACCAAAGAAUAUUUGCAUUCUAA